CAGAGACAUUAAAAAAGUAUACACGCCAUUUUUGCUACGAAAAUUAAGUUUGACGUAAGAGCCUACAAAAUUUUCGAGUGCACUUCAAGAAAGAAAAACUUAUAAUUCACAUACAUGUAACAUGUUCUCAUUGAAUUCUAUAAACAGUCAAAACCAGAUUCUAGUUAGUUUUAGUCAGCUGUCAUCACGGUAUUCCAGUCUCUUUAAACAACGAAAACACAGCAGUAAACAUAAGAAUGUGAAUGGAAAAGAAAGUUCGAUUUGUGAUGUUAAUUAUUGCAAGGAAAGUUUUGAAGAGGCGUUGAGGAAUUUCGACCAGCAUGCCUUAGCUGAGAUGCGUAAGGUCGACGUGCGAUCCCUGACGGGGCUCGCACGGAAGCCCAUUCUUGACCUUUCCAGUAGAAAAAUCUCAUACAUAUCUUCAGAUUCUUUUGAAAAAAAUAAAAAUGGAUGGUCAGAUUUGUCUACUCCAACAGUCACCGUUGAUCUUCGAAGAAGGGACACUAGAUUCAGUUUCACAGACAACUUUGUGGGCCUGCUAGCGAGGAGCAUCCAUGAGAACAGCUUCAGGUACAACGUGCAGGUGCGGGGGUUCAAGACAGAGCGCAGUGUGCAUGCGGACCUCAAACGGAACCCCAACCUCAUUAAUAGACUGCGUAAGUUCUUCGGUCUGAAUGUAGGCGACAGCAGCGAGAAGCAGGGGGCGCUGAGCCCCGACGUGGCGCCGCGGCUGGAGAAGCUGCUCAGCGAGGACGCGUUGCUCAGCAACCAGCAGAAGGACAAGAUCAAGAUCGCGUUCGCCGAGGGAUACCUGGCUGGUUCACAUCCCGAAAACGUGCGCGGUACAAAAGCAUCCAAGUAUUUGAAACUAGUUCAGCAGCUGCUAACCAUUGUGCUAUUCCUCGCAAUCUUCGUGAGCCUCAUGGCAUCCGUCAGUGGCACCGUCUUCCGGAUCCAGCUAGGGAACCAAGUGGAGGUGGACCCCGAGGAGAUCUCCGUCACAUUUGACGACGUGAAGGGCGCUGACGAGGCCAAGCAGGAGCUGCAGGAUGUGGUGGAGUUCCUGAAGUCGCCGGAGAAGUUCUCGUCGCUGGGCGGCAAGCUGCCGAAGGGCGUGCUGCUGGUGGGCCCGCCGGGCACCGGCAAGACGCUGCUGGCGCGCGCCGUGGCGGGCGAGGCGCGCGUGCCGUUCUUCCACGCCGCCGGGCCCGAGUUCGACGAGAUCCUCGUCGGCCAGGGCGCGCGCCGCGUCCGCGACCUCUUCAAGGCGGCCAAGGAACGAGCGCCGUGCGUGAUAUUCAUCGACGAGAUCGACUCGGUGGGCGCUAAGAGGACCAACAGCGUGCUGCAUCCAUACGCCAACCAGACCAUCAACCAGCUGCUGUCGGAGAUGGACGGCUUCCACCAGAACGAGGGCGUGAUCGUGCUCGGCGCCACCAACCGCCGUGAUGACCUGGACCAGGCUUUGCUGCGGCCCGGCCGGUUCGACGUCGAGGUGAGCGUGCCGACGCCGGACUACGUGGGGCGGCGCGAGAUCCUGGCGCUGUACCUGGCGCGGGUCGCCGCGCACCACCGGCUUCACCGGCGCCGUCGACGCAUGGUCAGCCAGCUGGCGCGGGCCACCACCACCGACACUAGCACCACCACCACCACCACCACCACCACCACCGGCUUCACCGGCGCCGACCUCGAGAGCAUGGUCAACCAGGCCGCGCUCAGGGCGGCGAUAGAGGGCGCGUCGGCGGUGAGCAUGCGCCACCUGGAGGAGGCGCGCGACAAGGUGCUGAUGGGCCCCGAGCGGCGCUCGCGGCUGCCCGACCUCGAGGCCAACACCAUCACCGCCUACCACGAGGGCGGACACGCGCUCGUCGCCUACUACACCAAGGACUCGCAUCCGCUGCACAAGGUGACCAUCAUCCCCCGCGGCCCGUCGCUCGGACACACCGCCUACAUCCCGGCCAAGGAGAGGUACCACGUGACGAAGCAGCAGCUGCUGGCGAUGAUGGACACGAUGAUGGGCGGCCGCGCCGCCGAGGAGCUCAUCUUCGGGCCGGACAAGAUCACCUCGGGCGCGGCGUCGGACCUGAAGCAGGCGACGUCGCUGGCGAGCCACAUGGUGCGCGAGUGGGGCAUGAGCGACAAGGUGGGGCUGCGCAGCCUCGACCAGCAGCAGCCGCUCGCGCCCGCCGACCGCCUCGGGCCCGCCACCAGCGAGCUGGUGGACAGCGAGAUCCGGCGGCUGCUGGCGGACAGCUACGAGCGCGCCAAGGCCAUCCUGCGGGCGCACGCGCGCGAACACCGCGCGCUCGCAGACGCGCUGCUCAAGUACGAGACCCUGGACGCGGAGGACAUCCGCGCGAUCGUGAACGGUGAGAAGGUGAAGAAUGAGCGGCAGCGAGCCAGCAAGGAGCCCGCGGCCGGACCGCAAGCAACGCCCGCCGCGCCCGCCGCGCCCGCCGCGCCCGUGCUGCUGCCGCCCGCCGCGCAGCCCGCGCCCGCAUAGAUGGCGCAGGUGGCGGAGCUAGCGGCGCCCGCAGCGGACACAAAACUGUACAAAUGAAAGUGUAUUGAAAAUUUUGCAGGCGACGCUCACUCAACACUAAGCAAAUAAAAAUAAGUAAAACCUGGUUUCA